AAUUGCAAGAUUUUAUGGAUGCAAAAACAUGUGAUGAUCUUUACAAAGUUGUUGGUGAAGAUUUCUGGUUGGCUACUCAUUGCAACAGUACGGCAUUUGAGGGGAAGAAGCUUGAAGGAACCAGAAUCACCUUAGUUGAAAGAGAGCGCGGGUUAGAAUUUGCAAUUCGAACACCUUGCAUACCUUCUAGAUGGGAAGAUUUUGAUGCAGAAAUGAAGAAUGCAUGGGAAGCUUUGUGCAAUGCUUAUUGUGGUGAAAAGUAUGGAUCUACUGAUUUUAGUGCGCUUGAAAAUGUGAGAGAUGCUAUUUUAAGGAUGGCAUAUUACUGGUACAAUUUUAUGCCAUUGUCCAGAGGCACUGCUGCUGUUGGAUUCACAGUUUUGCUUGGAUUGCUUCUUGCCGCUAAUAUGGAGUUUGCAGAAAACAUCCCCCCAGGAGUUCAGGUAGAUUGGGAAGCCAUUUUGAAUUCUGAUCCAAACACCUUUGCUGAUGCUGUUAAGAGUUGGUUGUAUCCAUCACUCAAGGUCACAACAUCUUGGAAAGAUUACCCUGACGUGUCGUCAACAUUUGCAACAACAGGAUCAGUUGUUGCUGCACUGAGCUCUUACGAUGAUUAAGCUCCUUUCAACUCUUCAAAAGAACGUGUGAGCAUAAAUUAUCUAUGCUCAUGUUGGCAACAGAAAAUGGAUCCAUUUGAGACAGUAUAUCUUGUUACAGAUACCGGCUUAUAAUGUUAUCAAAAUGUAUGUUGUCCAUCAUUGGCUGUACAGCAUUUUACCAUAAUAGAAUUUUCAAGUACUUUCUCCGUUGUAGUUAAAGUCACAAAUCAAAUAAAGUGACUGCUGCAUUGACUGUUACAGUUGGAA